ACGAACACGGUGUUUGAGUUUCUUGGGAAAGUACGUAAGAAGUGGUUUGACAGGUGCACUGAAUGCUAUUUAUGUUACAUGCAAAUGUUGAAUAAAAAAAAUAAAAAAUAAGAAUCGUCCUUUGAGCGCGCGGUGUGGCUUGGUCGGAGAUCUCUCUGUUUGUGUUGAACACCUAUUCAGCUGUCAUGUCGCGGCACAGGAGACAGGCCAGCAUCGAACUCCUGGAGCUGAUGGGAGUGGUGAAGGAAAACGGGAACCAUUUUGAUAGUCCUGAGACAUCACCACUACUUCCCUCAGUGCAUACUCCACUGUCAUAUGACUAUGUCCUGGUCGCUAAGACAGUGGAUGAUCCGGAGAAAGAUACCUUCAAGAUGCAAGAGGCCUUUAUCGAGAAACUAAAGAUGAAGAACUUGAAGAUAACAAAAAUUAUAGACGACACUGUUGUCUUCUACGGUAUCCAAGCUCCAAAUGAAGUGUUUGAGAAGUACAGGUAUCUACUGAAGGUGUCUGAUGCCUGCAACUGGAGUGAACAGCAGGGAAGUGUCCCUCUUUCCACCAGGAUCCGCAUUGUUCACUUUAUCCUGAGUCAUGUCUUCCUGAAUACAGGAGAGAACCUGUUUGAACUCUUGAAGAAGAAAGUGUUUGAAGCAAAGUUCUGCCUGCAUGAGAGAGAAACUCAGAAGGAACUGACGAAAAGUUGGGCCAGAUGGACUGCCUGUUUCCGGGGACAACCAAUCAAUGAUGUCAGGAACUACUUUGGAGAGAAGGUGGCUCUGUAUUACCUAUGGCUGGGCUGGUACACCCUUCUGUUGCUCCCUGCAGCUCUGUUAGGGGUCAUUGUCUUCCUCUACGCGCUGGCUUUCUACAAGACCUCGCCACUUAUAAAGGAGGUGUGUGAGUCGAACACGAUCAUGUGUCCUCUGUGUGACAAGAGAUGCAAAGUGUGGCUACUCAGCGAUACCUGCCUUUACGCCAAGGUCAGCAUCCUAUUUGACAACGAGGGGACGGUUAUGUUUGCUAUGUUCAUGGCAGUAUGGACCACCUUGUUCCUGGAGUUCUGGAAACGACACAGAGCCUCCUAUACAUGUGAAUGGAAGGUGUUCGACUGGUGUGAGGAGGAGGAGGAGCUGAUCCUGGACAUAGUGAACAAUGCAGAAUGUGAGCCUAAGGAACAUAAGCACUCCUACCUACGCAGCACCUUGGUCCUCAUCCUGGUCACUCUUAUACUGCUGCUGAUCAUCGGCCUGGCCCAUGCCCUGGUGGUGUUCCGGGUGGUUGCCACGGUGAUGUUGGCUGAAGGAUCAUGGGAGUUCCUGAGUGACCACUCCAACACGGCCGCUGUGAUACUAGGGGCAGUGCUACACUACUUCACCAUCACCAUCAUGACACGGGUCAACAGGAUUGUGUCGCUGAAACUCUGCGAUAUAGAGGAGAAUCAGUCGUUUGCUGCCUCUGAGAGAAGCUUCACCAUCAAGAUGUUCACCUUCCAGUUCUUCACCCUCUUCUCCUCUCUCUUCUACGUUGCCUUCUUCCUGGGCAGGAUAAAUGGACACCCUGGUGGCUACGUGCGGAUAGCAGGGAAGUGGAGGCUGGAGGAGUGCCACCCCAGUGGCUGCCUCACAGACCUUUUCAUCCAGAUGGCCAUCAUUAUGGUUCUGAAACAAACCAUCAGCAACGUCUUUGAGUUCGGAGGCCCCUGGUUCAACAGGUGGCUAAAGAGGCGGAGGACUAAGAAGCUACAGAGGAAGUGUCCCCACUGUUACAAGAAGGCAGACCAACAGACCAAUCGGUGGGAAGAGCUGUGUGAGAUCUGCAAGCUCAGUGAUUGGCUAAGAAACUACCGUCUCAACGACGUGAACUCUUUCAGCCUCUUCAAUGAGUUCCUGGAGAUGGUCCUCCAGUUCAGUUUCACCACCAUCUUUGUGGCUGCGUUCCCAUUGGCUCCCCUGCUGGCAUUAAUCAACAACAUCAUAGAGAUACGACUCGACGCCAUCAAGAUGGUCAGUUUGGAGCGCAGGAUGGUACCCAAGAAGACCAACGACAUCGGCGUAUGGACAGAUGUGUUGGAGGCUAUUGGGGUGUUGGCAGUCAUCGCCAACGGCCUGGUUAUUGGGAUAUCUUCAGAUUUCAUCCCUCGCCUUGUAUACCGCUACAAUUAUGGACCGUGUGCCAAUGGAACGGUCACGGAUACGGAUUGCAUGGCCGGCUACAUCAACAACAGCCUGUCCACAGUGUACAUGAACGACCAGAGAAUCUAUAAGGAGUUCUCACCGGACCAGAUGGUGACGCCUAGCGGACAGAAUGUCUCCUACUGCAGUUAUAAAGAUUAUAGAAGUAAUGAAGACUACAGCUUGACUCCUCAGUUCUGGCUCAUUUUAGCCGUGCGCUUUGCUUUUGUCAUCCUCUUUGAGCACGUGGUGGUCAUAUGUAAAUUCAUCACAGCCUGGUUUGUUCCCAGCGUUCCCUUGGAUGUCAAGAAUCAAAGGCUUUUUGAUAAACUCAACAGGUUGAAGGAAGAGCUCAGCUCAUCGGAGGUAUGACAACAUCGCCACAGUGUUUGGAGAAUUCUAACGUUGACAUAGUGAUGUCUGAAAAAACACAUUGGACACAGUAUCCGCUCAGAUGUGACUGAUUAUCGGUACUGUUGGAGGACAUGUUCAUGUGUGGAGAGAGAGAGAGAGAGAGAGAGAGAGAGAGAGGGAGAGGGAGAGGGAGAGGGAGAGGGAGAGAGAGAGAGAGAGGGAGAGAGAGAGGGAGCGCUUAUCGCCUGUUUUUUUGUUUUGUUUUUUUGUGUCAGAUGACAUCAGAGUGCUGGCCAUGUGACUUCUGACCCUAGAUAUAGUUAUUGUUUCUUAUAAGAGAGAAAAAUAUAUAUAAAAUAUUGUUUUAAAUGGUAACAGAGAUGUUAUAUAUAUUUAUUUUAUAUUUCAUGAAGUUGCACUAUUUUUUUGUUUGCUGUUGUUAAAUCAUCUUGUUUUAACGUUCAGUAAAGGCAGUACAGGCAGUACAGGCAGUACAGGCAGUAAAGGCAGUACAGGCAGUACAGGCAUGCUGUGGCAUGGUAUGCAAUGUAGUGGUAUGUUAUGUUAUGUUAUGUUAUAGUGAGAUACUUAUGUUUAUCAACUGUGGACAGGAAAUGUAAUAUAUUUUAUGAGACAUAACACAUGAACUUUAACUUAACGAAAGAGACACCGUUGAUAUUAAUAUACGACCAAAUGACCUACAGGGUAGCCUAGUGGUUAGAGCGUUGGGCCACUAACUGAAAGGUUACUAGAGUAAAUCUCUGAGAUGACAAGGUAAAAAAAAAAAAUGUAAUUCUGCCCCUGAACAAGGCAGUUAACCCACUGUUCCCCGAUAGGCUGUCAUUGUAAAUAUGAAUUUGUUCUUAACUGACUUGCCUAGUUAAAUAAAGGAUCAAAUGAAUAUGUUAAAUUAAACAUCGCUUUGUACCUGGAUGGAUGGGGGGCCAAGUCCUUUUAAAGGGGGGCCAAGUCACAUUACUUUUUUUUAAUACAGUAUAUUCAUCACUUCUGGUGAAUCUACUGUUGGCUAUAGGCCGAAUCUACUGUUGGCUAUAGGCCGAAUCUACUGUUGGCUAUAGGCCGAAUCUACUGUUGGCUAUAGGCCGAAUCUAUUGUUGGCUAUAGGCCGAAUCUACUGUUGGCUAUAGGCCGAAUCUAUUGUUGGCUAUAGGCCGAAUCUACUGUUGGCUAUAGGCCGAAUCUACUGUUGGCUAUAGGCCGAAUCUACUGUUGGCUAUAGGCCGAAUCUACUGUUGGCUAUAGGCCGAAUCUACUGUUGGCUAUAGGCCGAAUCUACUGUUGGCUAUAGGCCGAAUCUAUUGUUGGCUAUAGGCCGAAUCUACUGUUGGCUAUAGGCCGAAUCUACUGUUGGCUAUAGGCCGAAUCUAUUGUUGGCUAUAGGCCGAAUCUACUGUUGGCUAUAGGCCGAAUCUACUGUUGGCUAUAGGCCGAACAUAAAAAAAUUAUGAGAAAAUGUUGUUGCUUUAUGGUCUUAAUUUAAGGUGAGGGUUAAAGUUAGGGUUAAAGUUUGGUUUAAAAUCAGAUUUUAUGACUUUGUGGCUGUGCCAACUAGUGACCACUCUGCAGAGCUGCCUCCAGAACAACAUUCAUGAUGAAAAAUGCCAACCUGCUAAAAGGUGAGAGGUCACGUGGCAACACGUACAGGAUCCACAUGUAAUUCUAGCCGCUGGACCGAAAGUCAAACGUGGGAGUUAUUGAAUUAUAUUUUGAACACGGAAUUAUAUUUUAAACACUGAAUGAGACGAAAAGAGAACGCUGACUAAGUCAACAUUCUGGCACGUACCCAGACAGUAUGCAUACAGUAACCAGACAGUACCCAGACAGUACACAUACAGUACCCAGACAGUACGCAUACAGUACCCAGACAGUACACAUACAG